AUGGAGCACGCGACGGUCAAGAUUCUUGACGAGAAUGCCAAGGUUGCUCUACACCCAGAUCAAAGCUUACCAAUCGAGAUUGCUACCUCUAUUCUAGUCCCUCAGCCUGAAGCUGCUCCUACUCCUGUCAGUGCCACUCCUACUGCUAUAGCCGAUGUCAUCCCUAUUCUUUUUUACAUCGUUCCUACCCCUCAAGGUGAAGCAUCUUAUGCUUAUGCUGAUGUCGCUCUUGCUCCUCAUAGCACAGACUCUUACUCUACUUGUAUCGACGAGCUUUUUGACGACAUUGGCGAUGGGGCCCAUAUUCCCAACUGUCCAAAUCAAGGGAAAGAUCUGGGACUCCCCUUCUUCUCGGGGUUGCAGCUUUCCUAG